AUGGGGGGUCCUGAGGAAAGGGGGGGACCCGGGCGCGGGGCGCCGAGGAGCCUGGAGCCGGGCGGAGGGCAGCGGCCCGGGGGAGGCUCCGAGCGGGGGCAGCCUGCGGGGGGCGGGAGAGGAGAAGUGGGGGACCCCCCGCGGGAAGGCCCGGGGAGGCGCCUGGAGCCCAGGCGGUCGGAGCUGAGGGACGUGGGGACCCAGGUGUCUUGGGCCCCCGGGGAGGGCCCCUCCAGGGCGGCCGGGGAGGCCCCCCAGGCCAAGGCAGGGGGCGCCAGGGGGUCCCUUGGAGAGUGGGGGGCCCUCCCAGCCAGGGAGGGGCCCGGGGACCCUUGGGGGCCCGCCUCGGGGGCCCCCGCCAGCCAGAGCAAGGCGGUGCAGGACAAGCGGGCCUCCUGGCCGGGGGGCCUUUGCGAAGGCUGCGGGGCCCCCAAGGACAGGGGGGAGCCCAGGAAAGGGGGGACCCCCCGCCUGGCCAGCCACAGGGCUUGGGACUUGGGGCUCAGGGCCCCCCGGGAGCGCCUGGAGGACAGCAUGGGGCUGCUGGCCCUGGGGGUCAGCCGCAGCCUCUCGGGGGGGCUCCCUGGCCACGCCGGGGCCAAGCGGCACUCGGGGGGCUGGCCCCGGGACCCCGCCCAGGCUUCGGGGGACGUCUGGGUCCCCCGCAAGCCGGUCAGGCCCCCCGAGAGGAUGGGGCUGCCUUGGCUGAAGGAGGGGCCCCUGUCCCGGAAGAGCGGAGCGGCGGAGCUCAACCAGGUCUGGAUCCCCCGGGAGAAGCCGGCCCCUGCCGGCGGGGCGUCCGGGGACGUCUGGGUGCACAAAGUGAGGAACCCCUCGGGCACCGGCAUCAUGUGGGUUUGGGCCAAGGUGACCAACUGCAGUGAGGAGGAAGCGGCGGUGAACGAAGCCAGGGUUUGGACCUUCCAGAAGGAGGGCCCCAGGAAGGGUGGGCAAGGCGAGGGAGGGUACGGGGUCUCUUAAGAAGCAUGUCAGG